AUGUCUCUUGUGGAGCCUUCUUGCGGGGACGUCGUCGCGCCACGCCACCCGCACUCCAGCAGAUCCGCGCACGGCGCCCGCCCGGAAGCGCGACACGCGCGCUCGCUGUCGCAUCAGAUGAUCGCACCAGUCGCCCACAGCGUCGCCGGAGUCGCUGAUUCGUCGCAGCCGCGUUCGGACUCCGAAAGCUCCCCGGGGGAGUCGACCCAGCCGCAUCACCCGCCGCAUCUCUCGCAGCUGUGGCAGCGACGCAGCUGGCAGCCCGCCGCGUCGCUUCAGAUCGACCCGCGCCGCCAAUCCUCCGCUGGAUAUGCAGCCUUCGGCGCGGCGCGCCACUCGAGGAGCGCAAGCGCGGCCGGACUGCUUUCCGUGGAUUGUGGCGGCGAUCGCCCCGAUCGCGGUGCGAGCCCUUAUAGAGCAGCCGUACGUCCCGCGGGAAGCGCUCGGGAAAGGCCCGGGGAUUGCGGAACUGUCGGCGCGUCGCACGGUCACAACGCAGGCGCGCGACAAACGCUCGCUCGGUCGCACAGCGUCUCGGGUGGCGCGACGUCGACGUCAAAGGGAGCCGUUGCGACGGGCGCGGCCGUCGCACACGCAGAUGGCACGUCGCAGGGUCACCGCGACGCUGUCGCACGUCUCGUACGCGGCGCUUCCGCGUCACCGCCGGGGCGCGCAGCCGCCGUCGCCGCCACUACGGGGGUGAGGAAGGCGGCGGGAGGAAGCAGCGAGUCGACGGCGUGGGGCACUGGCGGAGCUGGCGGAACCGUCACCGCGGGUAGCAGCGCCGCGGGUGCCGGAACCAGCGGAACUGAGGCUAGCGCAGGCAGCAUCGGGACGCACGCGCGCGCGUUUCGGCGGAGUGCGAGCUGCGCAUUCAGGGCGGGCGGAGAGGCCGCGGGGGAUGGCGGCGAGCGCGCCUUGCGGAGGGGGCAGAGUCAAGUAGUAAGGGGCAGCAGCACCGGCGACGGCGGAACGUUAGAUGCUGCCGCCGCCAGCCCUGCUAGCCAUCGGCGCGCCGGCGGCGCCGCAUUUCAGCGCGUGUUUUCCACUUCGUCCCUCGAGGAGCCCUUCCCUGCCGGCGCCGCCCUUUCCCCGCCGCGCGCGUCCCCAACUUGGCCCUCCGCGGCGCACGCUCGCCGACACUCCACUUGCGCCGACUUCCGCGCGCUCAGUCCCGCCGCUCGCCCGCUCCCGCGGAAGACCGCUGGGACAGGAUCGAAUGCCGCAAGCUCAAGUGCUGCCGCGGCGAAAGCGGGAGAUGCGCCAGUCGCCCCGGCGGCUCCUGUCGCCGUCACUUCCGCGCCGGUUCCCGCGCCGGCCCCGAGCGCUGAAAGCCCCCCCGCCGGCGGGACAGCGUCGGCGGGUUUUCCGCGGGGAGUGGCGGCGGGGCGCGCGGCGACUCGGCGGAGCGCGUCGCUGGCGUCGCUGGCGGAAUGGCAGCAGACGAUGGCAACCGAGGCAUCAACGGUUCCCAUGGCAGCAGUCAUGGCGCGCCGAGCGUGA